UUCUCACGCUGCGCUGUGUCGCUCUGUUUCUCUCUCUCCCGCCCUCGCCCGCGCAGGGCUGAUCGUGGUGACCCUGGCCGUCUGCUGGAUGCCCAACCAGAUCCGGAGGAUCAUGGCCGCGGCCAAGCCCAAGCACGACUGGACGCGCUCCUACUUCCGGGCGUACAUGAUCCUCCUCCCGUUCUCGGACACGUUCUUCUACCUCAGCUCGGUCGUCAACCCGCUGCUGUACAACGUGUCGUCGCAGCAGUUCCGCAGGGCGUUCGCGCAGGUGCUGCGCUGCCGCCUGGCGCUGCCGCACGCCGACCACGAGAGGCGCCGGCGCGCGCUCGCCGGCUCCAGCGCCGCCCGCGGGCCCCGCGCGCGCUCCGCCCGCCGCCCGCUGCUCGUCGCCUCCCUGCGCGGGGCCUCGGCCAGGGCCGCCGACAGGGUCCUCCUGAGCACGUUCCAGGGCGAGGCCAAAGCCCAGCCCCAGCCCCAGCCCCAGCCGCCGGGCCCCGCCUCGCCAGACCCCAGCUCGGAGACGAAACCGGCCGCCGCCGGCCCCGAGAACGGUUUCCAGGAGCAGGACGUUUGAA